AUGCCAUCUGCUAACGACUUCGGGAACAUCCGACUGUUGAAGAAAGAUUACCUCCGGGGACUUUUCUCACAAAACGACAACGCUGCUUACGGAAACAGUCGACAUCCCAUCUUUCCGAAUGGUAACAAUGGAGAUUCGCCUUCACGGCUUGUUCAUAAUUACGAACCCCGCGAGGUUCUAGUGAGUUUGUCUUUCUUGACGUCAGCGCAUAUGAUCUUCCAAGCCCCUUUGAUACCUCCAGAGUUUCGUGGCAUACUUUACACACUUCUGAAGAUCACGUUUCACGGUCUGCAGGACGACCUUUCUGGUAUGGAUAGUAGGUCUGUGACCAUGUUCUGUCUUUCGCAGCCUCGCAAAGAACGGCAUCCGACAACUUACUUUGGCGGGUUCAGGAACCAAAGGAUCUGGGGUCGAGCCGACAUUGUCAAAACCAGUGGGAUCGGAUUUUCCGACCAUGCUGUUGUCGUGCCUGACAGGGUUGCACCCACACAUUUCAGUCGCUUCGAUGGGAGAUUCAAUUACCACGCUCUGGAGCAAGCUCGCACCGUCACUGGGGCGAGCCAGCCACAGAGGUUUGUAUGAACGGCGGUGAUUUCACGGUACGGCCGUCAUGACCUCUGGGACUCUUCGUCAUUUUGGUUUUCAGUUACUACAUUGGAUCCGGUAAUGGUGAUCUUGGUGGUUCCUAGUUCCUUAAGAGUCAACUCCAUGAUAUCAGGUCUCACCGAGUUCCGCUGCGUGCCCUCCAAGUUCUGCUAAGGACGGGCUUCGAUUCAAUCAUGUGUGUAGAAGAUGGCUAUACAAGUAAACAAGAUUUCAG